AUGACAAAAAGAAAUAACGCAUCCACCACAGAUUUCAUCCUCUCGGGCCUCUUCCCUGAGCUCCGACACGCCAGCCUCCUGGUCUACCUCAUCCUUCUGGUCUACAUUAUCGUCCUCACAGGGAACUCUGUCCUCAUCUUCCUGAUCUGGGUAGAUGCCCACCUCCACACUCCUAUGUACUUUAGCCAGCUCUCCCUCGUCGACUUGCUCCGCAACUCCAGUUCGGUUCCUAAGAUGGUCAUCAACCAUUAUUCAGGGCAGCACAGCAUCUCUUUCAUUGGCUGUGGUGUCCAAACGUUCUUCUGCCUGAGUCUAGGUGGUGCCGAGUGUAUCCUUCUAACCCUCACGUCCUAUGACCGAUUUGUGGCUGUCUGUAACCCGCUGCGCUACACAGUCACCAUGACCUCUAAGGUUUGUGUGCUAAUGGCUGUGGCCUCAUGGGCUGGGGGUGCUCUGAAUUCACUCACUCAAACCAUCUACACCAUGCACUUCCCGGUUUGUGGUCUGACGGAGAUAAACCACUUCUUCUGCGAGAUGCCAGCCAUCCUGAAGCUAUCCUGUGAGGACACUUCAGAUUAUGAGAUGGUAGUGUUUGUGGUAAGUAUUGUAUUUAUCCUCAUCCCCUUUAGCCUCAUAAUGGCCUCCUACAUUCGAAUCUUCCUCACUGUUCUCAGGAUGAACUCUCCUGAGGGAAGGAACAAAGCCCUGGCCACGUGCGCGUCUCACCUGAUGGUGGUGAGUCUCUACCUGGCGCCAGGCAUGGUGGUGUACAUGACCCCUGGCUCCUCCCACACCCCAGCACUGGAUCAAGGUGUUUCUGUGUUCUAUACUAUACUUACUUCUAUGCUGAACCCCCUUAUAUACAGCGUGAGGAACAAGGAGGUGGUGCGGGCUCUGAGGAAGGUCUUGAGGAAGAACCUCUUAUCCAAGUAG